GUGUACAAGGGAAUUCCCAUGAACAUCCGGGGCCCGGUGUGGUCAGUCCUCCUGAACAUUCAGGAAAUCAAGUUGAAAAACCCCAGAAAAUACAAGAUCAUGAAAGAGAAGGGCAAGAGGUCAUCUGAACACAUCCACCAGAUCGACCUGGACGUAAGCGGGACAUUAAGGAAGGAUAUCUUCUUCAGGGAUAGAUAUGGAGCCAAGCAGCAGGAACUAUUCUACAUCCUCCUGGCAUAUUCAGAGUAUAACCCGGAGGUGGGCUACUGCAGGGACCUCAGCCACAUCGCUGCCUUGUUCCUCCUUUACCUGCCUGAGGAGGAUGCAUUCUGGGCACUGGUGCAGCUGCUGGCCAGUGAGAGGCACUCUCUGCAGGGAUUCCACAGCCCAAAUGGCGGGACAGUCCAGGGGCUCCAAGACCAACAGGAGCAUGUGGUACCCACGUCACAACCCAAUACCAUGUGGCAUCAGGACAAGGAAGGUCUGUGUGGGCAGUGUUCCUCAUUAGGCUGCCUUAUCCGGAUAUUGAUUGAUGGGAUCUCUCUCGGGCUCACCCUGCGCCUGUGGGACGUGUAUUUGUUGGAAGGAGAACAGGUGUUGAUGCCGAUAACAAGCAUUGCCUUUAAGGUUCAGAAGAAGCGCCUUAUGAAGACGUCCAGGUGUGGCCUGUGGGCACGUUUUUGGAACCAGUUUGUUUACACCUGGGCCAGGGAUGAUGACACUGUGCUCAAGCAUCUUAGGGCCUCUAUGAAGAAACUAACAAGAAAGCAGGAGGACCUGCCACCCCCAGCCAAACCCGAGCAAGGGUCCUCGGCACCCAGGCCUAUGCCGGCUUCAUGUGGCGGGAAGACCCUCUGCAAGGGGGACGGGCAGGCCCCUCCAGGCCCACCAGCCCUGUUCCAGCGGCCCAUUUGGUCAGCUUCCCCGCCAUGGGCACCUCGUUCUUCCAUACCCUGUCCUGCUGGGGCUGUCCACGAGGACACCUACCCUGUGGGCACUCAGGGUGUGCCCAGCCUGGCCCUGGCUCAGGGAGGACCUCAGGGUUCCUGGAGAUUCCUGCAGUGGAACUCCAUGCCCCACCUCCCAAUGGACCUGGAUGUAGGGGGUGCUUGGUUCCCCCAUUAUGAUUUCGAACAGAGCUGCUGGGUCCGUGCCAUAUCCCAGGAGGACCAGCUGGCCACCUGCUGGCAGGCUGAACACCCUGCGGAGGGGGUGAGAUUGGCUUUCAGUGCACCCAGCACUGAAUCCUACCAGGGCACCCCCUUCAGAGCUAGGGAUGAACAGCAGUGCGCUCCCACCUCAGGGCCUUGCCUCUGCCACCUCUAUUUUGAAAGUUCUCAGUUCCCUCCAGGCUUCUAG